AUGGCCGCAGCAAACCGUCUAGAGUCACUAGCAGCGGCCUGUAAAUAUAACGCUAGAGCCACGACCUUUUUGCGACAAGUCGGUGAACAUGGUAUGACGGAGUCGCAAGCAGCCACGCUCUUCACGAGAACAUCGGAAGAGACUUUACCAUCAUUUAUGAAUCUUACGCUGUCGUUAAUUCAAUGCCCCGCAGACGCGGCGGCUACCCGAGACGCCCUCCGCUUCGCGGCUGCUAUGAAGGCCUUCACCGCCGCUCUUGACGAAGAGCCGCAGCAGAAUAUACUAGCCGUCUAA